CAGAGUUUUCUCUUUCAAUUAAAACUCUCCAAGGAAGUGUUUUAGAAGGACCCAGCACCAACAACUCUUUUGGAUCAUUACUUCAACAAUGAAUUUCUGUUCAUCUUUUUGUGAAUAAGAAGAAAGGAAUGAAACCCUUGACUUUUUCUACAGUCUUAGUUUUCCUCUCUUUCGUUCAUACUGCUUUUCAGACACUCGAUGAUAAAAUAUUUUUAAUAUACAAUGGGGAUAGCAAACAGUGCUUAACUGCUCAGAGAUCUCAUGAAGUCACAACAGCUGCUUGCAACAAAAAUAGUGAAUUACAAAAAUUCAGAUGGGUGUCUGACCAGCAGGUGAUGAGCAUGGCAUUUGCACAAUGUCUGGGAGUGCCUUACAAGCAAGACCAGGCUAAAAUUUCUUUGUAUCCCUGCAACAAGAAAAGUGAAUUCCAAAAAUGGGAGUGCAGAAAUGCAAGCUUGGCAAUCCAAGGGGAAGAUUUGUUUCUCAGUGCUGGCAAAAAGAGAAAAGACAAUAUUGUACUGAACAAGGUGUCAGGUACAACAAAUAAAUGGAAGAUCCAUGGAACCAGGGAUGACUUGUGUUCUCAAGGCCAUGAAGAUCUGUUUACACUGCUAGGAAAUGCCAAUGGAGCUCCAUGUGCCUUCCCUUUCAAACUCCAUGGUAAAUGGUACACUGGGUGCACGGCUGCUGGCCGGUCAGAUGGCUUGCUCUGGUGUGCAACAACACCUGACUUCGAAGUGGAUCACUUGUACGGAUUCUGUCCAACAGUCAGCAGUGACAAUGACAAAUUUUGGAGUGUAGAUCCUUUAACAGGAACCUACUACCAGAUAAACUUCCAGUCAGCUCUCACAUGGCACCAAGCAAGGAAGAGCUGCCAACAACAGAAUGCAGAGCUGCUAAGUGUCACAGAGAUACAUGAGCAAAUGUAUCUUAGAGAUCUGAUUGACAGCAAGAGAUCCCCCCUCUGGAUUGGGCUUAACAGUCUGAAUCUCAACAGCGGCUGGCAGUGGAGCGGUGGCUUUCCUUUCAGAUACUUAAACUGGGCAACAGGAAGUCCUUCUCCUGAGCCUGAGAAACUCUGUGCAGUACUAAAUCCCAGAAGAGAUGCUAAAUGGGAAAACCAGCCAUGUGAGAAGAAAGUUGGCUAUAUCUGUAAAAAGGAAAACUUCACAUUGGAUCCUUUCAGUCUUCCAUCAGGGGAUGCGCUGCCAGUUAAAUGCCCAGAAGGAUGGUUGCCCUAUGCAGGUCAUUGUUAUAUGGUUCAUAGAGAGCCCAGGGUAUGGAAAGAAGCCUUAACUUCCUGCAAUGAGAGCAAUGGCAAUCUGGUCAGUAUUCACAAUCCUGAAGAGCAUGGCUUCAUACUAUCUCAGCUUGGUUACAAAGCUACAGAUGAGCUGUGGAUUGGCCUGAAUGACCUCAGCAUGCAGAUGUAUUUUGAGUGGAGUGAUGGGAUUCCUGUAACAUACACCAAAUGGUUGCCUGGAGAACCAACCCAUGCAAUCAAUGGACAAGAAGAUUGUGUUGUUAUGGCAGGAGAGGAUGGAUACUGGGCAGACAUUCCUUGUGAUAGGAAUUUAGGUUAUAUCUGCAAAAGAAAGCCACUACAGGGAGUUUCUGGGACCCUAAAGACUGAUCCUGCCUGUCUGAAGGGCUGGGAAAGGCAUGGCUUUUACUGCUAUCUAGUUGGACAUACACCUUUAACAUUUUCAGAAGCAAAGAAAACCUGUGAAAGGAGUGGUGGUUAUUUAACAAGUAUAGCAGACAGAUAUGAGCAAGCCUACCUGACCAGUUUUGUUGGUCUGAGCACUGAGAAGUACUUCUGGAUUGGUCUCACCGACACAGGAGAGCAAGGGAUCUUCAAAUGGGUGACUGGUGAAGGCGUUUUCUACACAAACUGGAACUCAGCAAUGCCUGGGAAUGAAGCAGGUUGUGUUGCCCUAAGGACUGGAAAUGCAGCUGGACUGUGGGAUGUUCAGAACUGUGAAAUAAAAGCAAAAUUUCUCUGCAAAAAACUAGCUGAAAAAAUGACUCUUCCUCUCGCUCCUGAAAGAAUUUCUUAUUCCAAAUGUCCCUUGGGUUGGGAUACAAGCAAUAGCACUAAUUCAUGCUUCAGACUUUUUAUUAGAGAAAACAACCAAAAGAAAACAUGGUUUGAAGCCCGAGAUUUCUGCAGAGAAAUAGGAGGAGACUUGGCUGCCAUUAAUAGUGAAGAAGAGCAAAGAAUGAUAGAAAACUUAAUAAUAAAAAAAUCUCCAUCAUCUCAGCCUUUCUGGAUAGGUUUACAUCUUUUGGAUCCUGAUGGUGGGUACUCCUGGAGUGACAGAUCCCCGGUGAAUUAUACAAAAAAACUUUCUUUUGAUGACACUGGAUUUGAACAUUGUGGAGCAAUCCAUGAAGAGUCUUUCAGGUUAUGGAUUACCAUGCACUGUGAAUACAGUCAUGACUGGAUUUGUGAAAUAAAGAAAGGGACACCCUUAAAGCCAGAACCUGUGGGUCCUUCUGCCAUGUAUGAAGUCACAGAGGAUGGAUGGAUUAUAAAAGGGGUCAAACAGUAUUUCUUCAGCACAGAAAGUAGCUCUAUGGAAAAAGCCAGAACAUUCUGCAGAAACAAUCAUGGAGAUCUUGCUACCAUUGGAGAUAAUAAUCAAAGAAAAUUUUUGUGGAAAUAUAUCUUAAAAAAUGGCAAAUUGGAGUCAUAUCUCAUAGGAUUAAUUCGGAAUGCCGAUCAACAGUUUAGUUGGAUGGAUGGGAGCCCACUGUACUAUGCAGCUUGGGCAGCAAAGGAACCCAACUUUGCUUAUGGUCAAGAAAAUUGUGUAGUGUUAAAUAAAAAAACUGGUUUGUGGAAUGAUGUCAAUUGUGGUUUUUCAAAUGGCUUUAUCUGUGAGAGGCAUAGAAGUUUUAUAAAUGCAACACUUGCUCCAGCAGUAACUUCACCUCCAGGAGGAUGUCCUGAAGAUUGGCUUUUAUUUAAAAAUCAGUGUUACAAAUUCUUUGGUUCUUCCUAUCAAGAUUGGUAUACUGCAAGUAGAGCUUGUAUCAGCCUUGGAGGACACCUGGCUACCAUAACAAAUGAACAAGUACAAGCUUUUCUCACUUACCAUUUGAAGGAUGUUUUUUAUGAUCCCUGGAUUGGCUUGAAUGAUGUACUCAGUGAACUCAACUUUGUUUGGGCUGGUGGAAGGGCUGUCUCAUAUACAAACUGGGCUCCAGGUUCUCCAAAACGUGUAGAACCCAUUUUGUUUGACAGCCUACAUCCAGAAGAUGGUCACAAUCGGUUACAGUAUGAUUGUGUUGCUCUGAAGAGAGGUCCUCCUGAUGAUACAGGAAAAUGGAGUGAUGAGUCAUGUUAUAAAUACAGUGGGUAUAUAUGCCAGAAGAAUAGUGACCCUAAACUCUUUAAGUCUUCAUCAACAGUGUUGGACUUUGCUUUUGACCAUUCUGAUGGCAUUAGCUAUUCUGUCACUCGUUCUAGAAUGAACUGGGAGGAAGCACAAAAAUCCUGCAACAACAAUGCCUCAGAACUUGCCAGCAUUUUAGAUGCGUAUAGCCAGUCACUGUUGUUCUUAAUUGCACAGGAAUAUGGAGAGCCUCUGUGGAUUGGUCUUAACAGCAACAUGACCAAGGGCACAUAUCAAUGGACUGACAGAUGGAGAUCAGUUUACAGCAAGUGGUCCAGUGGAGAACCAAAACAGGCAUUAGCAUGUGUCUACCUAGAUACUGAUGGAACCUGGAAGACAGCUUCAUGCAGAGAAAAAUUCUUUUCUGUCUGUAAAAAAUCAGAUGUAACGGCUCCAACUGAGCCCCCUCAGCUUCCUGGAAAAUGCCCUGAAUCAAAAGGACACAAAUCUUGGGUACCUUUCCAUGGUCACUGCUAUUACUUUGAGGCCACCAGGAAAAAAAGCUGGUCUCAAGCUCAUCAGGAAUGCAUGCGACUAGUUGCUGAUUUGGUAUCAGUAGGAGACUAUACUGAAGCAAACUUUCUGGCAGAAACCAUUAAGAUUCUUCAUGGAAAAUCUCCGAACUUUUGGAUAGGGCUAAAGAAAAAUGACAUAGGACAAUGGGUAUGGACAAAGUCUGCAGUGGAUUUUGUCAGCUGGCAAACUGGAGAGCCUUCAAACGACAGGUAUAAAGACUGUGGAGAAGUCUGUGCAUUGACUGGGCACUGGAAAAGCAAUGUCUGUUCUUUCAGAAAAGGAUAUAUCUGUAAAAAAGCAAAAACUUCUGAAAAGACAGAGAUGUCACCAGAAAACACAGGAGAGAAAAUGGAGAAAGCACUUUCCACUGGCAUUACAUGGCUGCUUGUUGUACUAGCCCUUUCUAUAGUUGUAGCUGGAAUUAUAGUUUAUUUCUACUUGAGGAAGAAAAGACAAAACCAACCAUAUAUUUUAACCAGAAUGAGUGGAUCAGAAGCAACUGUGGAUAUACAAGGAAAAGAUGCACAUACCAACAUGUAGUCUGACAAAAUACCCAUAUGUCCCAAAUAACGAAAAUCAAUCUGUGCAACUCUCAGUGGAAUCUUAGGCCAGCUUUGCAUUUUCUUACCCAAAUAAUAGUCUUCUCCCUUCACAGAUAUAAAUUUCAUGGAUUUAUUUAAACAUAUUCACAUAUAUAUACAUUCCCUCCAAAAUGCCCUCCAAAAUGUUUCUGCUGUUUCUUUAAGGGGGAGUACAAAUACAUUUUUCACAUAAAUGAGCAUGGCUAAAAAGCUGGCUCCAGAGAUGUCAGGGCAAAACUCUGACUGAUGUUUAAUAUGUGAAAUUGCUUUCUUUAACUCAUUUCUCCUUUUUGUAUAAAGAGGAAAUCAUUAAUCAUAUCUUUACAUGAUUUUUCCUGCUGUGUUGCUUCAGUUAUGAUGAAAAACUGCUCGUUUCAGACUUGCAGCUUCACAGCUUAUGAUACUAUUUUUCAUUCAUGUAAAACCCACUAUAAAACCUGCCUUGAUGAACUCAAUAUUGCUUUGUUACCAGAAAAUAAAUAUAUAUAUGGAAAACAAUUGAAAAGGCUCCUGUAUUCCUACUUCUAGUCUGAACUUUGAGAACAAUUAUGUCAUUUUCUACAGCCUUGCAUUUUUGCAGUUUUCUGUAAAUAUAAGCAUUUUUCCAGCAGGUUCAAAUUAAUAAUAAAAAUACAAUAUUAGAUGAUUCUGUUGGGUAUUAUUUUGGUAAUGAUGCUUGCAGUAUGCAAUGGAGAUGCAUCUUU